AUGACUCGUUCUUGGAGAUUAGUCGUCCUAAUUGCGGCUACAAUCUCUGCUCUAUUUGAAGCUGCCCCCGCUGGACAGACCUCAGCGCGCCGACAAAUCGACAUGAAUACCACGUCCAAGGAAACACUCGUCAGCCGUGAAUACUUUUACGUCGGUGGUCGCUAUGUUGAUGAUGGGAAGGGCAAGGAUCAGCACAUCUUCAGCGAUCAGAUGUAUGUCGAGAAGUUGAGUCCUGAUACCAGCUGUCCAAAGCCAAACCCGCUGGUCUUCAUUCAUGGUCAAGGCCAGACUGGAACAAACUGGCUGAACAAGCCGGAUGGAUCUCCUGGUUGGGCAUCUUUCUUUACCUCAAAGGGGUACACCGUCUACAUCUUGGACCAGACAUCUCGAGGCAGGUCUCCGUGGAAGCCAGGCAACGGCAAUCUGAGCACCUUUCCAGCCGAAAUCAUUCAACAAAGAUUCACCGCACCUGAAAAGUACGAACUGUGGCCUCAAGCUGCUCUUCACACCCAGUGGCCCGGCGAAGGCAUUAUGGGCGAUCCUUAUUUCGACGCCUACUAUGCAUCCAAUGUUCAAUUUCUCGCUUCAGCCGCCGAACAGCAAAGCGGCGUCCAAGCUGCUGGUGCCUCACUGCUCGAUCGAAUCGGAAAGCCUGUGAUCUUCUUGAGCCAUUCGCAAGGUGGUCUCAUGCCCUGGCUCAUCGCCGAUGCCCGCCCUGCACUCACCAAAGCCAUUGUCAGCCUGGAGCCCUCCGGUCCGCCAUUUCAAGACGCAGUGUUUGGAACUGGGUCUGCUCGUGCAUAUGGCUUAACUGACAUCCCCCUCACGUACGACCCGCCAGUCAUCUCGCCCGAAGAGGACAUCGUCAAACAAACCAUUUCUGCAUCCAACAAAGCAACUACUCCCUGUACCAUUCAAGCAGAUGACCCAGCGCCACGACAGCUCGUCAACUUGAAGAACAUUCCAGUGCUAUUGCUGACGGCUGAAGCGAGCUACCACGCACCGUAUGACUGGUGUACGGUCCUGUAUUUGCAACAGGCUGGGGUGAAUGUCACGCAUCUUGAGCUGGGUAACGCCGGGAUCCAGGGCAAUGGACAUCUUUUCUUCCUCGAGGCAAACAGUGAUGAGGUAGCGAGUGUGAUUGAGCAAUGGAUAAGUGGCAUAGGAACGGGUUGUGGAGAGGCCUCGAGUUUACAGCAUGGACCCAAGCCUCAACUGCAGUCCAGACAUCCGUUUGCUAUCCAAGUCCUCCGAGAGAUUUUGGAUCUUGCCAUGGUUGACCAGCUCCUUAACACCCUUCGUUCCUCCAAGAGGGUCUUCUGGGAAGACAACAAUGGCCGUCCAGAAAAUGAGAUACAGGAGCUAUGGAAUCAUCACGUGGCAUACUUGACAGCCGAACUUGGAGCCAACGUGACUGGGAUUGGACAAUCAUCAAUUCCCCACAAAAGAGCCGUUCCUAGCACAAAUGUAUUUGGUGGACCGAGGCCAUCCAAGCGCCGCGAUCUUAAUGUCGAGGUUCCUUCUACUCUACAGCGUCAAUCGUCGGCCCCAGCCAGCACCGCAAUGCGACGGAGACGUUCUUCCAAGACAAAUUCUGGUCCCGGCCCCACCGUACCUCGUCCCAAGCAGCCUUCGAGUCGGCCCAUCAACAUCCCGGCGCCCAAGUACCCCGACCCGCACCCGGCCUUCCAAGCAUCUUACCCAGCCUACACGUCCCAUUCACUCCCGGUGCAUCCCCAUAUCCAACCGUCGUAUCGACCAUCCCUCGGCGAUUUCCAGGACCUGUCGCCCUCUGAUUAUCUGUCGCAAUCACCUGAAGAGUAUCCGAUGCCCGGUCUGUCGGUAACUCCCUCUCCUACAAUCACGCGCGGUGAGUGCCGACCACAAGAUGUGUCACGACUUUCAGUCUCGACUGCACCGGCCUAUGCCUGGGAUCAUCCCUCAUUAUCGAAGUCUGUCAGCGAUUCUGGUUUGACCAGCACGUCGACCGCCGCUAGCGAGCCGAUGAGCCGUAUCACCACCAACGAAAUGUUGAUUGAACCUCUUCAAAUGUGUAGGGUCAGCUCUCAAGUUUCGGGUUGUGAUAAGUCUGAAACUCCUGCGAUAAUGAAUGACUAUGGUCAAUUUGACCUUGAUUCUUUGUUUCCUGUGUCAUUCGAUUCUGGUGUGCUGAACAGUUUAUCCGAUGUUUCCUUUGCUUCGUUUUCUCCAAGUCAUUCUCUUCCACAUUCUUCUAUUCCAAGCAGUGUUGAAAUGCUGCAUUCGCCUUCCCAGGAAAGCAACGCCUCUAGCUCCUCAUCAGAUUCAUCUCAGUCGCGACAUCUGCGAAGGGUACAAGAACAAAACGUCCAAAGUAAACGAAGACUUGCGCCCAAGACGCAACCGCAGAAGAACAAUACGGCGAUGCCACCGGCUACCAUCGUCGAGGUGGUUGCGGAAGAUGGUACGAUGCAGAAGAAAGCUCAAAUCGCGCGAUCCAAUCGGCAGCCAAAAGAAACUACAAAGGUCUUCUGUCCCAUCUGCAACGAACACAAAGAUGGCUUUCACGGUGAGCACGAGUUGCGACGCCACAUCGACCGAACGCAUAAGGGAUGCCGCAAGGUGUUUGUGUGCAAGGACAUAUCACCUGACCGAACAUUCCUUGCGAAUUGCAAGCAUUGUCGCAACAUGAAGACCUACGGCGCAAACUAUAAUGCCGCUGCACACCUCCGAAGAGUGCAUUUCAACCCUUGUGAGACGCCCAAAGGUGGUAGAGGCAAAGUGUCUCAAAAUCGCGGCGGUAUUGGAGGGGGAAAUCAACCUCCCAUGGAGGUACUUAAGGACUGGAUGUUUGAGACGUGGGAGACGAAUCUCAACUGUCUCAUCCUCGACGACCCUUCCGUCAUGAACACCGCAUAUGCAGCUUCGAACCAGUCGUCAUCCUCGGAUUCUGGGCUCGCUCAAAGCAACGACACGGUUCAAAUCUCCGACCACGACCUCGAUUUUGUUCAGCAAACUACUCAACUAGACAUGUCCUUCCUUCGAUAUCCUUUCAACACCUUCUUCACGCCUUCUCAAGACGAACUCCCGUACUUCGACACCGAUUUUGCGACCUGA